UCCUCUUCAAAGUUAACAUCACAUCUUGACUCUCAGCUCAGUCACAUGGUCUGUUCCUCCACCUCACGUCUCCAUCAGGGCUAUUUGCGCCUCCCGUAACCCGCAUGCUGGUUGGCUGAGAGUCGGUCAUCCCAUCCGAGCUCCACAUCGAGGAGGAAGGAGCGACGGAGCGCAUCAAUCCCCUGCACACACACUUUUCUAUCUGGCCAUAUAUAUACAAGAGGCUGAUUUCCAGACCGAGCGGUGCAGGGGCUGUGGAGGAGGUCGGACCGGUGCGAUGAUGACGGGGAGAUCAGUGAAAGACGUUGACAGAUACCAGGCUGUCCUCACCUCGCUGCUGGCGCGGGAGGAGAAUAAAUUCUGCGCCGACUGCGACUCCAAAGGUCCGAGAUGGGCGUCCUGGAAUUUGGGUAUUUUUAUCUGCAUCCGCUGUGCUGGUAUCCAUCGAAACCUGGGCGUUCACAUCUCCAAGGUCAAGUCCGUCAACCUGGAUCAGUGGACGCAGGAGCAGGUCCAGUGUGUUCAGGAGAUGGGAAAUGCGAAGGCCAAACGUCUCUAUGAGGCUUUCGUACCUGAGUGCUUCCAGCGCCCUGAGACAGACCAGUCUGCAGAGAUCUUCAUCAGGGACAAGUAUGAUAAGAAGAAGUACAUGGAUAAGGUCAUUGACAUCCAGAUUCUCAGAAAAGAAAAAAGCUGCGACAAUAUACCCAAGGAACCGGUCGUGUUUGAGAAGAUGAAAUUGAAAAAAGACAUCAGCCCGAAGACAGUUUCCCAGUCUGUUACAGACCUGCUUGGACUAGAUGCCCCUGCACCAAGUCCUGCAGUGUCUAAUGGUGGAGGAUGUGUUCCAGACUGUAACACAACACAGAGCCCAGCGGUGUCUAAUCCACCUCUGGCACACUCUGCCCUGGAUCUCUUUAGCUCUCUGCCAACGCCCUCCUGUGUUUCCUCCGCUAAAACCACGCCUGUUUUCAGUUCUAUGCCUCAGAGCAGAGUGACUGCCUCUGUGCCUGCAAACCUCAGUCUGUUCCUGGAUCCAGCGCCCAAAGCAGAGGAGGGCACCGUCAAGAAGCUGUCCAAGGACUCUAUUCUCUCCCUGUAUGCUUCCACCCCCUCAGUGCACGCCAGCAGUAUGACUCCUCACGCAGGCAUGUACAUGAACCAAAUGGGAUAUCCGACACACCCGUACGGUUCCUACCAUUCCUUAGCCCAGACAGCUGGAAUGGGAGGUGCCAUGGGGACAUCACAAAUGUCGAUGAUGGGACAGCAACAGAGCAGCAUGAUGGGGCUUCAACAAAAUACUAUGAUUGGAGUACAGCAGAAUGGCAUGAUGGGGCAGCAGAAUGGCAUAAUGGGUGCCCAGCGGGUCAUGGCUCAGCCUAGCGGCAUCAUGACAUCACCCUACAUGACGGGGAUGACCCAGGGUAUGAUGGGACAGCAACAAAGUGGAAUGAUGGUCCAGCAACAGAAUGGCAUUAUGGGACAGCAGCAGGGUGGGAAGAUGGGACAGCAGCAGAGUGGGAUGAUGGGACAGCAGCAGGUUGGAGGUUUAACCACAUUACCACACCAGCAGGUUUAUGGAGUGCAGCAAACCCAGCAGCUACAGUGGAACAUUGCCCAGAUGACUCAGCACAUGGCCGGCAUGAAUGUCUACAACACCAACGACAUGAUGGGAUACAGCAGUCAACACAUGGGAGGUUCAACAACUCAGAGUUCAGUGCAUAUGACCGCACACAUCUGGAAAUGAACCCAUCUAAGAACUUGUCCCAAUGACCAACAAAACAGAAGGGGAAAUGAGUAGUGGGACUAUGUGGAUUAGACUCUCCAUAAGACAUUUUCUGGUGCAAGGGUGGAAGAAGAGGAGGAGGAGACACGUGUGAAGGAGGAUGUUGGGGAAACCACUACUACCUCUCUUUCUCUCUCCUCUCCGCCCAUGCUUCCUCUCUUCUUGUCUCAUCAAUGGCCAUGUUUUGCAGAUUUCCAUGCUUGCCUUCAGAACAUUUUGGUAUGACGACCAAGACAACAGGGUUCAGAGGCCAGUGGUUAGGGCUAUGCAUCUUCUUUUGUAACUAUAGCCUGGAUGUCAGCGUGUUCACAUGCACAUACAUAUCUGCUGGAUGUGGGUGUCAACAAACUGCUUGACUUUAAAGAAAAGUUUGGUUUUUGGAGGAUGUCACUGUUUUUCCUUAUUGACUAGGGUCCAGAAUACACAUGGAUGCAUUUACUCUCUCUUAGUGUGUGUAGUUUGAGGGUAUAUCAAACAAUGAGGUUAGCCUAGCUUAGCUUCACUGGUUGAUGUGCUCAAAUACUGAUAUCUAUUGGAACUAGUAGUAUUUUCUCUAAAAGGAGGGAAAUAUUUCUUGUUGCAAGGUUGAGGCAUUAACAGGGUAAUUUUUACCAGAAGGGAUUGUUAUUAGGUCCCGGAUUUUGCACAGAUGUAGACAAAAGCUUUGUCCAGCUUUUUUUUUUAUUUCCAGCUGACCCAUUUUAAAUGAGAACCUCACAAGGGAUCUUAAAUGCGUUUGAUGGCUACAUAUGUGAUAUCAUUGCAAACGGUAUCAUCCAGGCAAUCUGAAGUUUUAUUUAGGUUAAGGAGAUUUUAGAACUUUUAUUCAAACGUAACCAUUUGCGUGAUUACCUUAUACAUAGUACUUUAACAAGCAAGAUUUUAAGAGGUUAAAUAAUGUUUCAUUAUUCAUAUUUUUAAACAGGAUGAUUUUGACAGUACUCGAGAAAAGGUUUUAAGAAUGACUUCGCAAUGUGCUAUGCUAAGCAAUGCACGCUAUCUCGAAUAAUGCACUUGGCUGGAGUUGCUAAAGUGAAAGCUUCAGGUUAAGCUAACAGUCCUUUUAGCUGCAGCAAUAUUUGUAUUUACAUUUUUUUUUAUUUAGCUCAAUCAUAUAGGCUUUUAUAAAAAGUGAUAUGAGUGGAGAUUAAUUUUAAAGUUAUAUUUCCCCGCUUCUGAGAAGAACUGCUAUUAUUUAGUGAAAUAUAAAAAUCCAGGAAUUAAAAUCGGCUAGGAGCUGAUCGGCUAGGAGAUUAUCGGCUAGGCUAAUUACCCCAGUCAUCAUACCAUUAAACUGCACAAUUAAAAGAGACUGGCUCUGUGUUAGUAAGAACAUUUAUAAAAACCCAGAAAAAACAAUGUAUUCCUCAAGUUGUCCUACCCAUCCAACAAUAAUAGAAUUUUAGAUAUCCCCAGAUGCGUUGAUUUCCACCGUCUCAGCUGCAGAAACCUACCUAAACAGCCCAAAGUAAUGAUGUCUGCUACUCUAUUUACAGAAAGCUUCUUCUAGAAUCAAUAAAGGGGAUUUUGGUAGACCAAAGAUCAAUGCUUUAUUGCGGUUGUACAGUGUUCUCAUGUGCUUUACUGUACAGCCACUCAACUAGUGAUUACUAGACAAAUCAAUUCGUCUGUUCUUUCAUAAUAUGUUUGGUUAUAACUGCAAUUCACUGUGCUUUUUCCCUCGGAAGGGGUAAAAAAACACUUAGAACAGUCACUCGCAUGCAAUUUUAUCAUGUAAGCGCUCACGAAACUCAAGUUAACAAUCUACCUUGUACAAUAGAGGCCUCAAUUAAUGUUGAAUGUCUGUAAAUAGGAGAGAGGCCGGGACGAGAAAAACUUAAAGGCACAGAUCAGUCGUGUUUCAGAUGCUUCCACUGAAUUGCAUGAGGAGAAUGUUUAUCUAGCUCUGAUUGUACUGUAUGUACCGUGUGUUUACUAUGAUGUCCGAAUGUGUCUCUGGAAUGUGUCCUCUCUACUGUACAUGUCCACCAGUGUUUGACGAAGAAAAUCUUGAUGAUCGUGUGUCCUGAAUGUACCUGACUAAUUUUGAAAACAUACUCGUAUUGUUGGGGUAUUUUUUUAUUAUUCUGUGACUCUUGUCUGGCAACACACACUUGUGUCCUUUGAAUGUUCUGUGGUCAACAGCGUCCUGUCGGUUUUCUGGCCGAAUCGUUCAAUUCGUCAGAGUUGUUCUAUAAAUGUCGUAUCAUCGGAUUAGGAGCAAACUGUGACCAAGGCGAAUGCGUUUUCAGGUCAUUCUGAGGACGUUUACAAUUUGACCAAACCACAUUGUGAGGCGAAAAACAGAUUGUGCGAGAAAGGUGAACUGAAACACUGAGAUGUGACAGACACUGACUAACCCUCUUUCCCCACAACUCCACGCAAAGCAUCUCUCAGAUCUGAGUAUUUGUAGAUACGUUCAUUCUUAUAUCUGCAUGAAGCCAUUACUGUAAAUAUUAUCAGUCUUUCUGAAGCACUUUGGUGUUAAGUUGCCACUUUUUAAGUGAGGGGUAAAUAUGCAAAAGACGCCACUGUAAGGUGGCAAACAAAUUAACGUACUCUGGCAUAAUAAGAUUCGUAUAACUGCUGCCAAUAGCAGUCCAGCCUGCACCACCCGGAAACUCUUUCUUUACAUUUUGCUCAUUUGGUGGCUGCAGAGGCAGCGGUGUGACAGCAGCAGUCACCUUCUCUGCUGAGACCGAUGUUACCAGGAGAGAAAAGUGUUGGCUCUGCUCUGCAACAGCCCAUUUGUGGGUUAGCGAUGACACUGUUUGUGAAAAUCCAUCCCUGUGGGCGAUAAGGCUUCACCGGCAGCCGUCUCAUUCGGUUUAACUUUAGGUUGCUUGAAAUCAGUUCCCUUUUUUUUGGUAUAUUUUCUGUCAAAUAAAAGCAAAUAAAGGAAUGUAUCUUUUUAUGUACUUGUCAAUCAAGAUAUUGUACUUUGUUCCUUAUGAGAUUAUCUCUGUAUAUUAUGUUCUAUUAUGUUCUUAAAUAAGAUUGAUGAACAUGUAUAUAGUAUGUCUACAUUUUUUUCAUAGACUUUGCUCCUUUUGAUUUCAUGUUCCCACAAAAGACAAAAUAUGUAACAUAUGAUAAUUGUCCAUGUGAAAACAUACAAAAUAAAUCAUGUUUUGAUUAUAUUCUAAA